AUGAUUGCGGAAAAAGUCAUGUUUUACAGUAAACCAAAUUCGUGGUUAUUCCUCAUUUUAAUUACUUUGCUGUCUUUUCUCGCCUGCAAAAAAAUGUACAAAAAAUUUGAGCCAAAGGAGGAGCUUCAAAAUUCAGUAACAUUGGAAAAUGCGGUGGAAAUUACAGUCCGUCAUAAACAACUUAAGACGUCAAUAGAAACGAAAGAUGUUAAAACUCCAACAAUCAGUGAAAGGAUGAAAGAGAUUUUAAGGAAGGAGAAAGUGCUGAACGAAACGGCCAAAACAAUGCAAGGUCUGGACCAGAACGACGCUAAAUUGAUCCAAUACACCAGAGACACGAUUCUCAUCCCACCGGAAACCGCCUCCAAAAAUGAUUCUACUACUGGUCCAUUGAUUUUCGAAGAGAAGGAUGAUCCAUCUGUGGAACAUGUCGCGUUAAAAGUUAUAAACUUGCUCAAACAAAGGAAAAAUGGAUUUAUCGUGGAGUGCGGUGUUUGGAACGGUAUGGCGCAGUCCAAUUCGGUAGUAUUGGAGAAUUUCCACAAUUGGACUUCCUUAUUAAUUGAGGCAGCCCCGACUAGCCUGAAAACAAUAAAGACGAUGCGUAAAAGGGCUUGGAUUGCGCCUGCUUGCUUGAGUACAAAACCGUACUCGAAUAUGGUGAAAUUUCUUGACCAAAGUGCGACGGGACAGAUUGUUGGGCCAUCAACCAACAUAACGGAUAAAUCCAUUGUCAAUGACGUUCUCUGCAUUCCCUUCAUGACGUUCAUGCAGGCUUUGAACAAAACGUUUGUUGAUUAUUUCAGCCUGGAUGUUGAGGGCAAUGAAAUGGAAAUUCUGCCUCUGAUAGAUUUUGAAAAGAUUAAAAUAGACGUGAUGACGAUAGAGCACCAGUUUCACCACGGAAAAUUGGGGGAGAUGAUUGAAAUAAUGGCCAGAAACAACUUUACUCUUCAUUCGGUUACAUCGAUUGAUUUAAUAUUUGUUAACAACCGUCUGAAAAUUUAACAUGAAAAUGAACGGAACCUGUAACAGUCGUAUCAAUAAUUUACCUUAAUUAAUUUUCAUAGAAAAAUUGUGAGUAUACAUUAUUUUUCCGCCUUU